UAAAUCACUCUGAAUUUGAAUCAGCGCAGACCGAUCUCGAAAUCACUCAAGUCACUCAAGUAGCAUCUCGGUCAGCCCAAAAAUCUACCCUUACCACUCGCAGCGGUCUAAGGACGCUUCAGUGGCUUUUGUCUGCACUCCAUCCUGAAGCAGCUGCCUAUAGCGCCAUCGCUUCCUUCCAACAGAGAAAUAGCCUGGUCUCCGUCCAGAUUGGUACAAGUAAGCUACAAUAGCGACUGCGCUCCGGGUUCCAUGUGGAAGGAUAGGAGUCACUGUCCUGAGUCGGCGCAAAUUAAAAAAUAAAACAGUGAAAUCUAAUCUUUCAACCACCUUUUCAAAAUGUGUACGCCUUGCUGCAUUUCCCAGCUGGCCUGCUGCUGCGGUUCGGCCGCCUGCUCCCUCUGCUGCGGCUGCUGCCCCAAGAUCAAGCAGUCGACGGGCACGCGCUUCAUGUACGCGCUCUACUUCCUGCUGGUCACCGUCAUCUGCGUCAUCAUGAUGUCGCCCACCGUGGAGAAGGAGAUCCGGGAUAAUAUUCCGUUCUACGAGGACAUGUGCGAUAAGCUGAACGCUGGGGAUAAGUGCAGCUCCCUGGUGGGCUACGCGGCAGUGUACAAGGUGUGCUUCGGCAUGGCCUGCUUCUUCUUCCUCUUCGCCGUCUUCACCUUCCGGGUGCGAACCAGCGCGGGCUGCCGGGCGGCCGUCCACAACGGGUUCUGGUUCUUCAAAUUCGUUGUGCUAUUUGGCUGCUGCGCAGGAGGGUUCUUCCUCCCCAACCAAGACACAUUCCUUGAAGUGUGGCGAUACAUGGGCGCGGCAGGCGGGUUCCUGUUCCUGCUCAUCCAGCUCAUGCUCCUGGUGGAGUUCGCGCACAGAUGGAACAAAAACUGGUCAUCGGGCAUUAAGUACAACAGGAUGUGGCAUGCGGGGCUGGCCCUGGUGACCCUGGUGCUGUUCUCCGUCGCCGUUGGAGCGCUGGUCUUCAUGAGCCUGUACUACACCCACCCAGAGGCCUGCACCCUCAACAAGGUCUUCCUGGGGGUGAACGCCAGCCUCUGCCUGAUCGUGUCCCUGCUGGCCAUCUCUCCCUUCAUCCAGAGACUCCAGCCCAACUCCGGCCUGCUGCAGCCGGCGGUCAUCAGCGUGUACGUCAUGUACCUCACCUUCUCCGCGCUCUCCAGCAAGCCCAAUGAAACGUUGGAGCGGGACGGAGCCAACGUCACGGUGUGCGUGUUUCCCUUCAACUCCGGCUCGGAAAGCGACAACAGGAUUGUGACGGGCGUGGGCACGGUCAUCCUGUUCGGCUGUCUGCUGUACUCCUGUUUGACCUCUACCACUAGAAGGAGCUCAGCAGCACUGCGAGUGUGCAGGACAAGUAUGCCAGAAAAUGAGAGAGCCCGAUGCUGUUUCUGCUGCCCUCAAGACGAUGGAGACGACUUCGACGAAGAUGAGAGGAGAGGCGGGGGCCAAAACGUGAUGUAUGACGAGCGGGACGGCACCGUCUACAGCUACUCCUACUUCCACUUCAUCUUCUUCCUCGGGUCCCUCUACGUCAUGAUGACGGUCACCAACUGGUUCCAUUACGACAACGCCAAGAUCGAGAAGCUUCUGGACGGGAGCUGGUCGGUGUUCUGGAUCAAGAUGGUGUCCUGCUGGGUGUGUCUCCUGCUCUAUAUGUGGACCUUGGUGGCCCCCAUGGUCUGUCCAAAGAGGUUCGAGGCCUGAGGCCUCUUAAUCUGCAGCACUACCGUCUUCUCCUGAAAAAACAUUUUUGUUUCUUUUCUUCUUUCUUUUUUUUAUAUAUAUAUAAUUCUGAAUUUAACCUAGUGCGUUUUUUGUUAUUUUAUAUUUUUUAUCUGUUUAUCUGUUACGCAUACUGGAUAAGCUAUUGUUGCCUUAGAGGGCCGUUUCUUCUUUUAAUUUUUUAAGGGGUGCUGUUACAUUUUUCCACUGUCUGUCGUCAACGAUUUGCAAUCUUCUGAGCCGUUUAGAUUCCGGGACGUUCGAGACUCGGGAACAAGAAGGCGAGAGAACACUGCUCAGGUUCACAGAUCAGCUCUAAGUGUCUUUCCAGCUACACUGCAUCCUUUUAGUAGAAGAAGUUUUCUAUGCAACAAAACAAGUUGUAUUAUUAUUAUUACUUUUUUAAUCACAGCUUUUAGGUUCAUGUUCGUCUUCCAUGGAAUUCGUUACACUGUUUUGUUUGGCUUUUUGUUUGGUCAUUUUUGUAGUAUUUUUACAUUUUGUAUUUUUCCAGAUGAAGUGGCUGACUGUGUAAAUGUAAAAUGUGUGGUCAGUUUGUAUAUUUUGUCAGUGGAGCUACAAUCAUUGUCAUCUGAAUCAUGACAAAGCGUUGGCAGAGAUGAUGUAGUUUUGAGGAAAAGGAGUUCAGUGCCCUAAUAUCUCAGGAUUUGUGCUUCAAAACGACCAAGAACUAGACUGUGCUUUAUUUCCUGGAUGGGAAAAUAAAAGAACAUUUUUCAUAUGUGUGUGUUUAAAAUAAAGUGUAUUUAUUACACAAAUUACAUGUGCACAAGA